AUGGUUAACAAAAACAAGCCCACAGGUGAAUUCGCCGAUUACAAUCGAACGAGGUAUUACAACCCGAAGGUCCACGUUUCCGGAUGGAGCGAUAUUCAACAGGAUGAAGCCUACAUAAUGCGCUACAAUCAAAUGCGAGAUUUUUACUUGUCUGCUUAUCCAACAGAAAACAUAGACAAGAAAUACCUGCAUGCCAAUCGAAAAUGGGGAAGGAAGAAUUUAUCAGAUAAGCGGGUCAUUUUUUAUGAAGAGAGUGGAGACAACCACUGGGUAACGGAGAAUAAGGAUGCGUUUAAGGAGGGGGAUAAAUUAAGCCAGCCAAAUUGA